AUAAGGUGUAUCAAAACAUGCUAAUCUAAAGUUUAAAAUACAUUUUUCAUAAUCCAUUACAUUGGAGAUAUGUCAAGAUGGCCGAAGAAGGUCCGGGAUAAACAUUUUAACACAUAAGAACAGCUUGCGAUAUUGAUAGAGUAUCAGGAUGGCACAUCAACUUCAGUUAGAGAAGGAAAAAUACAGGCAGUGGGUAAAAGCUGGUUUAGGACUUGGAUAUUUAAAGGAGGGACUGGUACCAUUCUGUAAUGACAUAGCUGACCAACAACAUAAGGAUAUCUUACAAAACAUUCGGUCUACAAAAUCACUAACAUCAACUGUGACAUGUGGGGGCUGUCGAGUUGAAACUCUCAAGCCAGACCAUAAGCCAGUAGGGAAUGCUAAAAAUAGAGUUUGUCCUCUUGGGCAAGUAAAAUGCAGCUGUUGCUUUAAGGGCAAAAUUGCUUGUCCGAACAACAUAUGUGGCGCCAUCUAUGACUUUAUUGUGCAGCAUCAUUCAUCCUCACCACCUGCACCUAACUGGAAAAACACCGAUGCUCAACAGUGGAUGACAGACCCUUGGAGCAUUUGUAAGUGUUUUAUAAAUGCUCCAGGGUACGAGGACAAGACAUCAGCUGGGGAAACUGAUUGUACUGGGUUAUUAAUCUUAAUGAUGAAUAACCAGUAUUUUCAUAGCCACAUUGGAUGUGAUGUCACAAAAGCAAACAACCUUUUUUUAAAGGUACGUCAGUAUAGAAAUAAUAUUUUCCACUCAAGCAAUAUGGAAUUAGAAGAAAGUGAAGCAAAUACUUACUUAGACGAUAUGAUAGCAGUUCUACAAGAUGGUAAGGAGCUGUUACAAAGAUCAGAUGCCCAGAUAGCGGUGAAGAAACUUCAAGAUCUGAAGAAGAAGGACUUCAUUAUUAAUACUGAAGGCUUUGAAGAAAUUCUGAGGCAUAUCAAGGAAGAAAUGAGAAAAGUUUUGAAAUCAACAGAAAAUGCUGCAACCCAAUAUGAUGAUCUGAAGAAGAAGCUAAUAGACCUUGAAACCAACAUGUCUGACCAAAAGAAGGGAAAACUGGAACAUGAAAACGAACUUGCAGAACUUAAGAAAACAAUUACAGAAGAAAAGAAGGAAAAACUUGAGAUGGAAAUUGAGCAAGACAAAUUGAAAGAGAAACUUUCUGUUCUAGAGACACUUGUUUCAGAAAAAAAAGAGAAGAUGGCAAAUAUUAAGACAGGUCAAAGUCAGACAGAUUAUGAUCAAGCCAAGUUAGAAUGGCGAGAAAAGCUGAUUGAAAAGUAUCAAAAAACCCUGCUGCAAGUUCCUUCAACACCUUUACAACCAAAAAGUGAAAAAUGUAGCUUUAAUGAAAUUUAUAUUAGGCCCAAAAUAAUGAGGGAAAUAAAAGGAGAAAAGGGGGAGACAAAUGAGGUGGAGGUUAAAACAAUGUCAGAAAUAUUCACAAAGGAGGGAGUCCCCAAAAAAUCUGUAUAUGUUCUAGGAGAUGCAGGGUCAGGAAAAACUAGUUUUUGUAAAUAUCUGGUCAACUGUUGGUGUUUGGCACACAGUGAGGAACAUAAAGCCAACAAUGAAGAUGGAGAUGGCAAUGAUAAACCUGAAGGGUACAAUGAAAAACAUGUAGAUGACGGUAAAAAACAUGGAGCUUGCAAUGAAAAUGAAGAUGGCAGUAGUAAACCUGAAGGUGACAGUGAAAAACAUGAAGGUGACAAUGAAAAUCAAGGAGGUGUCAAUGGAAAUGAAAGUUGCACUGAGCAACAAGGAGGUGAUAAUGAAGGACAUGAAAAACAUGGAGCUGGAAGUGUCGAUGAAAAUGAAGAUGGCAAAGAGAAACACAGUGGUGAUUUUGAAGAACAUGAAAAAAUGGGAAGUGACAUUGUAAAUAAAGAGGUAAAGGGGACACAUAGUGGAGACAUUGGAAACGAAGAGGGCAGUAAGACACAUCAAGAUGUUAAUGAGAAACGAGGCAAUGAAAAACAUGUUGGUGACAUAAAGAAAAAUGGAAGUGAUAGUGAUGACAUUCAAGAUAACAACGAUGACUUAGUACACUCCGAAUCCCGCAAUGAUGACUCUAAUGGUGACCCAAUGCUUUCAGAAUCUGACAUUUACACUGAUGAUAUCUUAACAGGCUUUAAAUUUGAUAGUGAUGGCUCUGUUGAUAGAUUAAAUGACACCGAAUCCCAUAGUUACGACUCUGAUGGUGACUUAAUACACUCUGAAUCCUAUUGUGAUGACUCUGAAUAUGAUAGCAAAAAUUAUGAACUGAAAUUCAAUGGUGUAAAAGAGAUGAAGAAAUUUGAUUUUGUAUUUUACAUCCCUCUUAGACAGUUUAGACAGUAUCAAAACAUUGACACUAUUGAUGAAAUGCUUCAAAAACGUUAUCAAAUGAAAAUGUUAAACACACUUCUUGAAGAGGAAUCCUCUAGAGUUAUGAUUUUGCUUGAUGGCUUAGAUGAAUGGUCCUCUGAAAAUGUCCCAGAACAUAGCAUCUUUAAGGAGUACACAAUAGUAACUACUUCACGUCCAUGGAAAUUUCAUACACUGAGAUCAAGUGAUGUGGAGAUUGAACUGUUACUGAAACUGAAAGGGUUUGAUCUUAGAUGUGAAAGGGAAAUGGUAAAUAGGACAGUCUCACAAUUAAAUGUAAAUAGACAUGCUAAUAAACAAGCCAGAGAUUGUAGGAAAAAGCUGAAUCAGAAGUCUCUGGGAAGUUUAAAACAGAUACCAAUUAUGCUACAACAACUGAUAUGUCUAUGGUUUGAUGGUAAACUUGAUAAAACCUCAAGAUGUGCCAUCUACACCGGUAUGUUAGAAUUAUUCUUCACCUGGAACGACAUGAAAACUACAGGAACAAGUACUCGACUCAUGAAGGGGACCCAGAAAGUAGAUCUUCCUAAAUAUAUAGCCGAUAAAACCAAAUUAAGAUUUAACGGCCAUUUCAUUUAUGAAGUGUCACAGUUGGCUUAUGAGUCACUAUUUAAUUGUCCGAAGGAAAAAUCGUUGACAUUUGACAUUUGUAUGUUUGAUGAUCUUGAAAUAUCAGAUGAAGUAAGAGAAAAUUGCUUGAAACUUGGAAUAAUGACAGAAGAUGAAGGUCCAAGUUUAUCUGUAUCAGAACCACCAAGCUCAUUGUUCUCUUUCAUUCACAAAUCAAUGCAAGAAUUUCUGGCUGCAGUGUAUAUUGGUAUCACAUUCAAUGCAAAAAUUGGUUCGUCAGAUAGUACAGGAAAUGUUGAACUAGCCAAGAAGUUUAUUAAUGAAGUUUUUCAGACAUGUUUAACAGUAAAUGACAUAUUAGAGCAGUCAAAUGUUAUCAUUAUGCUAUCUGGUCUUGAACCUAGAUUAGCAACACAUAUUUCAAAAUACAUACAUGAUACUGCGUCGGAAGACUCUCGUGUUCAGGAAUACAGGAGAACAAUAAAUAGUAAAAGUACAAUUUUUUAUAGGGAUUAUGAUCGUUUUACAGAUAAUCAGGAGGACCAUCGUUUUAUAACUGAUAUUCAAAAGCUUAUGUUUGACUCAAUGGAAGAACUAAAUGCAGCAUGUAUUAUAGGAAGUAAUACUGUAUUUUAUAUAAGAGAUUUGGUCAUUGAUAGUUGGGAUCAGUCUUUCGAUAUUGUUUGUUCAGGAGAUUAUUACAAUAAAUCUCAAUUAUAUCAUACCAACAUAUCAAAGAGACUAGUCACAGUAUUACCAUUGUUAAAUAAUCUCAGAAAGCUUGAGUUACGGUUUUGUAGGUUAACUGACAAUAUAAUACAGUUACCUUUAGAGAUGAAGAGUUUAAAGUACAUUAAGCUUCAUGGUGUAAUAAUAUGUUUGACAACAUGGCAGAAGUUUGUUGAGAGUCUUCCUGCUAUACCUCAUACUGUAGAUGUGUAUGUAUUUAGCUGUAAUAUAACAGAAGAUGGUGAGGAGUUUAAUGAUGAUAUGUCAUUUAUGACUUUUGAUGAAAGACGUGGAAGAAAAACGGGAAAUGCUAUACAGUGUGUAAAAGAUAAGAAUCAGUUAUUUCAUGUAAAACUUGUUGAUGGUCUUUGGUUUGAGUUUUCAACAAAAAAGUGA